UUGUCGGGGCGAGAGACAAUGACGUGUUCCACUUCCUUCCUCGCACGUUACCCCAACAUGCCCUUGCCCAAAACCACUCUCUCUCUACAAAGUUUUAAGCUCUCUCUCUCUCUAGAAACCAGGAUAAAAACCGCUUUUCAAGUGCAACGGGCCCUUCUAUAUAAGAUGGGCGGUUUUUACUUGUGCGGGUUUUUUUCACAGGAUUCAGCCCCCCCUUCUAUCUAUCCACAACGAAGAGGAGAGAACAAAGAAGAGUCAAAACAGGUUUUGAAGGCAUAACACAGGUUUUGUGCAGGGAAGGCAUGGAUUCCACGCUAUGGUUGAUUGAUUUGAAAGAGAUGGGUGGUUUGGAGUGGUUUUAUCGGAUCUGAGGCCAAGUGGGAGUUUUUUUUCUCUGUGAAAAGAAAUUGGGUUCUGGUUUUCUCGGCGUGAAAGCGAAGGAUUUCGGGUUUCUGGAUUUGGGGUUUUGGGAGGAAGAAGGUGGGAAGCUCACAGUGACAUUGCUGUGGAAUUUACAGUGUUUGGUCAUAGAUUUGCUUGAAUCUCAAUCCAAGUGAGCGGUUUCUCUUUCUCUGAAAAGCCUAUAACUCUUUUCCUCUCUGCAAAAUCCAGGAGUUUUUGCUUUUUGUUGGGGUGAUAUAGAAGCAAGGAUUUUCUGGUUUCUGCCUUCUUAUUCCGGGGUUCCUUACCGAUAAAAGCUCUCAAAGCAUACUUCAAAGGAUUUAUGGUUUUUACACCACAGAAGAAAGAAGCCUCUAUAAACCACAUUUGAGAGGCUUCUGUACCGAAACAAGGCGAAGAGAGUUGUGGAAUAAACCACAUUCUGGGUGGUUCUUCAUUCCAAAUUUGUUGUAAUUUCUUGAAGGUUAAACCAGUAGGUGCGUCCUGGCAAACAGGUGGUGGGGCGGCAAUGUGGGGAUGGGCGACCCUAGCAACGAGCCCCCCGGUGGGCCAUCCGCCCCCACCGGUCUUGGCCUUCUUGGUGGGUCUUCCCUAAAACCCCAAAACCACCACACCGAGGAAGCCCAGGAAGAGAGCGAGCCCCACGAUGACACGCAAGAGGGAGGGGGCGAGGACGCUGGGGCUGAGGGUGGUGCAACAUCGAGCGGUGGUGGGGGUGGGACACGACGGCCGCGGGGCAGGCCCCCAGGGUCGAAGAACAAGCCAAAGCCACCCAUCAUCAUCACACGGGAGAGCCCAAAUGCGCUGCGCAGCCACGUGCUGGAGGUUGCUGGGGGCGCCGAUGUCGCUGAGAGUGUUGCUGCCUUUGCCCGCCGCCGGCAACGAGGGGUUUGCGUCCUCAGUGGAAGCGGUGUUGUUGCCAAUGUGACCCUCCGUCAGCCCGCUGCACCGGGUGCCGUCGUCACCCUCCAUGGACGCUUUGAAAUCCUAUCGCUCUCCGGUGCCUUCCUACCUGCGCCCUCGCCCCCUGCUGCCACGGGCCUCACUGUAUACUUGGCUGGUGGUCAAGGUCAAGUGGUGGGGGGCAGUGUGGUGGGUGCCCUCGUUGCUUCCGGGCCGGUGAUGGUCAUUGCAGCCACUUUCUCGAAUGCUACUUAUGAGAGACUGCCGUUGGAUGACGAUGCAGAGAGUUCCGCACAAGGCCAAUUGACCCCAGCAGCUCAUGGUGGGGAGCAAGGGAGCAGUGUGGUGCCGGGGUCCAUGGGGUUGCAGUCGGAGAUGCCAGUGUAUAACCUUCCGCCGAAUUUGAUGCCCAACGGGCAGCUGCCGCAUGAUGUCUACUGGACCCCGCCACCUCGGCCCCCUUAUUGAUGGAUUCUAAGGCUGCUUGUGGUGGUGACUUCUGUUUUGGUCGAGUGUUUUAGUGAGGAGGAGGGGCCAUUUGUCUCUCGACCUGGUUACUCUUUCUCAUGAAGUGAAGAAUGGUGGUGGUGAUAUCUUGUUUUCUUCUUGAGGAUUUUGGUGUGCACAUAUGGGCCUGUCUGAUGUUUCCUAUGUCCACCUUUGGUUUUUACAAGCUUUUUGAUAUUGAGUUGCUGAUACAUUUGUUGCCUCUCUCUCUCCCGGACUACUCUCUUGUAAACUCCUGUGAUUGAUAUUUGUUGCUUCUGUUUUUUUCUCCAUGUUCUCUCAGACCCAACUCUCUUUUGAGCUUCUGUGAUUGAUAAUUCUUGCUUCUGUUUCGCUCUA